AUGGAGAGUCGAAAUGGAAGUUCGUCCCCUGACCCGCUGGGCUAUCCCGGCGAUCCUGAAUUUCUACUCUCAUCCGCCACAAAGCCGUUCUCCCAGCGGAGACUGAGCAUGACACCCUUCAAGUCCCGAACCCCGAGAACCCCGUGGUCCACCAGAAGUAAAGGCAAAAGAAGUGCGAAAAGCGUCGCAAGAUCGAUCAAGUAUCCUGAUAUAGUCCUCCCGUCUACACCUUCGGGGGACCGCUUCAACCAGAGAUCGCUUUCCCCAACCAAAACGACCAUGCACUCGGAAAGUAACAUCAGUCCCUGGCGGAUCCGAGUGACGGUAGAAGCCGAGCGCGACGAAGAAGAGGAGGGUCAAAACACUAUCCAAAGCAGAGCUGGUGGUUGGGAAAGCGGCAACGCCCUGAAAAUACCCCUGAAGGGUGGAAAUUCAUCGGCUGAGCCCUCACCGAAGAAGUCACCCCGUAAAGGGAGGAAAACUGACGUAUCCAAGCGUGCGCCCACUCCGGGAAGGAAGAGACCUGCUGGAAUUUUCGAUGGCGUUUUAGAUAGUGUAGGGAAGCGAAAAAGAGGAAGGUCAAGGAAGACCCUAGAGCCCGUUCGAGAGAAUUCACCCACGCGUCACUCCUCGCCCGCAAAAUCAAUCGCAGACCUGCUCAGUGGAGAUGAUCCGUUUUUGGAUAUCGCCCAAGGUGGUGUUGAUGGUGCCGCGUAUGAGCCAGAAACAUACGCUUCUACGUAUCAGACCACUCAGCCUAAUCUUGGUGCUCCUACAAUUCAAGAUGAUCAAACCUCGCCAAAAUUGACUCCAAUAGCUGAAGCAGGGGAAAGAUUGCAACCCGGGCAACCCGGGAAAGAAUUUGGGGUCUCGGAAACCUCACCUAUACACGGAGAUGUUGGUCCAUCCCCGAUCAACGUAACUUUUGCUGGACAUACUCCUAGGCCUAAAUUCCGUCUCUAUCCGACUCCCACAUCUUCUUCCCAACUAGGAGAAGAACCUUUAGAGGCUAACAAUAUUCAUUCCUCGACUACCAAAACAAAGGUAGUGAAACUGGGGGAACGUAUUGCGGACCCAAACGAGGACCAUAGGGAAUUUGACUCUAUCAUGGAAAGCGAAGGAUUCAGUAUGGUUUCGCUAAAUUCAUUGCCGUCUGCGAAGCGGAAACUCCUUAGCUCUCUAGAAGAACGUUCGUCUGUACCGGUCACCAUUGAAACCCCUCUCGAGAAAAGUUUGGCGAAGGCGGAUGCGGGAACAGAAAAAGCCUUAGAAAAUGGGGCUUCCACUCCCUCCGCAGCAGAACCCAGUCCUGCAACCGAUCCCCGUCCUACCGAAACAGCACUAGGUGGAUGGCCAGCAAACAGAGCUGAGACGGACGACUUUCAAGCCCAAAAGCCAGUCCUUAACAAUGUUCCUCCACACCAUCUCACACCGCCAGCGGUACCUGUGGUGCCCGAACAAGUAUCGCGCCGAAGUCUUAUUGUUCGGCUAGCGCGUAUAAUCCGGACUGGAAUCUCACUGCAAAGAAUGCUGAACCGUAAUUGGAGGAUACUCAAUUCAGACGCCCCUCUUUAUAAUGCUACCGAUACGCAAGAUGAUGACUCCGAAGCUACAAGACGACGAAUAGAGAAACUGUUUGAGGGCUUUAGCAUGGAGAUUCGAAGAGAUCUAUGUGCUGCAUUACGUUUUGGCAAAGCACUCGCACAAAGAACCAGGAUAGCGCGUCAGGAGUGGCAGCCAGAAGUGGCUUCAGAUGAGCAUGUUUCUGUUUCCGACUCUGGAGGCAUCCAAUAUCCUCUGCUGGACAUAGCUGCAGAUGGACAGUCACUGUCAACAAUGUCCCGGGACGAGGAUCACGAUCACUCUUCCGUACACCUAGGGAGCCCAACACCUAGAGACGAGAAUCUGACCGAAAAAAUAAACAUGGAAAUGGCUAAACGUGAAGAGCAAUGGCAGCGGGAAAGGGAAGCAAUCAGCCGCCAGAUUGAGGCGGCAAGUGAAAGCCAGGUCAUUGUCAUUGAGAGUGACGACGAACGUUUGGCCACGAAAUCCCCUCAUCAUCAGGAUCAAGACAUACCUGGUGAUCUGAGGAACCAGACUACUGCUGAGGACGAUGACUAUGAAGAUAUUUGGCAGCAGGAGGCUCGAGAGGGGGCUAUUCCGUCAGACUCACCGUCGUUCGCCGAGGUUACACAUGAUGAUACCGUUCACCCACGCAGAACCGCUGUUCCUACAAAUAUAGGCUACGCCCAAGAUGAAGAAAAUUUUCCCCGGCAGCCAUGGUCAGCUCACACACAAAAGUACCCGAUGCUGUCACUUGGAAAAUCCCAGCUGGAAAAGUACAGGGAUAUGACUUUCGAGUUUUCAUCUCUGAUAAGGACGCCAGAGAGUUCGACGAGGAGAUGGAUGCGAGGAGCUCUAGAAUCAGCCUCCACACGUGGCUCCAAUUCCAUGCCGAACGAGGCUCCUCUGCAGCAAGUUCCCACGUCAGCCGUAGCUGAAGCCAAUACUAUAGAGGAUGUCCGGCAACAAGCACGUCCGCCGUUUUCGAGUUCAAGUGAUUCAAUUUCGGAACUUCCUCCGCCGCCUUCUCUAAAGUAUACCGGCAGCGAUAUCAUGACCAACGGCCAACAUGAGCCGUCACCUUUGCUUGGAGAUCAAAUGUCACCCAAUCUAAGAUAUGUUGGAGAUAACGCUGAGAAUCAGUUUGAGUCGAAUGGGGAAGCUCGCAAUGAUUUAGAGGAGGACGUUCAUACCGUUUCUCCCAACUUCAAAGCGCAAGAAACGGCUGUUAACCCAUCUUGGUUUAAUCGACUUACGAAUAUUGCACCAAAGUGGUUUGUUGCCUCACCUUCCACACAAUCACACAGUAUUCAAAAUCAACCGCCUCUUGAUCAACCCGAAUAUCCCAUGCAAUCCACCUCUUUCCCGCCUGUUGUUCAAGAACAAGCUGAUUUCUCAACUACCCCACGAGCUACUCAUCGAAGGAGAAGGCCAAAUGGAAAGCCAUUAGCCCUUUCGGGCUACUUUACCAACGACCACUACUUCGCUCUGCGUCGUAUAUAUCGCAAAGCAAAAGAAUCGCCACAUCUAUUUCACUACGCUCCGACACCGGAGCGUGAUGCAAUGUUAGGGAAGUGGAUGUGGUCGGCUGACGGCCAUCAUCAUCGACAAGUUACGGAGAUUCAAUUGGCUGUCGUUGACAAGUUCAGAAAGGAUCUGAUUGAGGCAAGCAGGAAGAGUGGCGGGCCUGAUACUCUAGGAUGGACCGAAGAAGAUAUCUUAUGGAGGCUCUUUAGCAUAAUUGUUGGAGAAAAGAUCAGGAGAGAACGGAAAAGGCAGCAGGCUGUCGAAGACACCGGUGAUGGAAUAGGAGACGCGGAGACCCCAGGCGCGAUUGUGGCGUGAACAUGGCGACCAUCUUGGGGUUGCGGCUCUGGGUGUCCGAUCUUAGUAUCGGCAUAUUGUUUUGAUUCUGUAUAGGACUAUAAGAGGUGUUUUGGAAAUUGGAGGCUGGUUUAUGGUGCUUUGUCAAAUUCGCAGCUGUUGCUCGAACCUUUGUUGGGCGUUUAUGAUGUUGGGAUAGGUACGUGUAUGACGACUUUGAUGACCGAGGACUUUCUACGAGCUCUUCUACCCUAUUGCAUAGGACGCUUGUUGUUUUUUAAUCUGUUUUCUGUAAAUAUUAACUGAGAUACCAUAUUCUGGAUUGACUGAAUCUCUUUUGUGCAAGCUGUCUUUCGUCUGCGAUUUUCUUUGGGUCUCUGCAUGUAUACCUAGGCCUUUUGUUACCUCUGGCCAGUUGUGAAUAUGAAAUGUAUCGUCGCAUUCA